AUGUUUGAGCAGGAGAAUCCGUCAAUGUUACAUGAUAAUCUUUCACACGAUGUAGUUAAUGAUAAAAUUAUUUAUUUUGAGUUUACGUUAAAAGUAUGUUAUGGAUAUAAUCCUUCACUUGGUGUAACAUUAGCGUUGCAUGUUUGUAAUCCACAAUAUUUGGAUGAUGCUUUAUGUAAUUUCGAUUUCACGAGACAUUUAAGUACAAAAGGCCUAUAUCCUAUAACAUCAAAUACUACACCACCUCUAGAAUCACCUGAGUCGUGUGUGUUGGUGCAACUACACUUGGUCUCUCGACAUGGGGCAAGAUAUCCUACUUCUAGUGACGUUAAAAAGUUCGAUAUACUAGAUAGUUUAUUCUCCAGUAUUCCUUUGGCGCAAGAUUGGCCAAAUCCAUUUAAUUAUUCAAAAGCAGGACUCCUUACGAAUCGAGGAGAACAUGAACUAUACUUGUUGGGCAAAAGGGCUCGUCAACGGUAUUACGAAUUCUGGCAUAAUAUCACGUACGAUUCUAAUGUUGUCGUGUUUCAGAGUUCAGCUGUUUCAAGAACUGGACAAUCAGGAAAUGCGUACGCUUUUGGAUUGUUUUCGGGAUACGGAUCGUUGAGUGAUUUGAAAUUACAGCCUGUAUAUAUUUCUUCUAUCCCUAGAAACCAAGAUACGGAAUUGUCCAUGCAUCAUGCAUGUCCUUUAUGGCUCGCCACAGUAAACGACAGCAAUUUUACUCGUAAGUGGCAAGAAGAGAAAUACCUUGAUGCAUUUAUAUCAACUAUUUCCCGGAGGAUUAGCGAUCGAUUAAAAAUUGAGCCACCUUUAGAUCCCAUUCAUAUUAAUUAUAUUUAUCGCGCGUGCUCAUUUGCGGUGUCAUUUUCUGAUAAAAAUGAUACUUGGUGUAGUUUACUCGAGAAAGAUGAUUUUUUACAAAUAGAAUAUUUACUUGAUAUGGGCUAUUAUUAUUCCUUUUCUUACGGAUAUCAGCUUAAUACCAAAUUAGCUUGUCGAUUUUUCACUAGUUUUGUAGAAUCAGUAGAAUCUUAUUUAACUGGAAGAUCAGAAGUCAGAAGUACUUUGAAAUUUGCACAUGCAGAAACGAUAAUGUUUCUGACAACAAUGUUGGGCUUAUAUGAAGAUAAUUAUCCUUUAACCGCUGAUACUUUACCACAGCAAAUCGCAUCUCGCAAAUUUAGAACAAGCAGGUUGACCCCAUUUUCAGCAAACGUUUAUUUUGAGAUAUAUAAUUGUUCAACCAGGUAUGACGCAGAUCCUGUCUUUGGCACAAUCCUUAUCCAACUUCUGGUUAACGAACAGCCUACGGUGAUUCCAAAGUGUGUUUAUACUUAUUGUCCGUGGAAAACAUUCAAACAAUUAUUAGGGGAUGCUAUUAAUUGUGAUUUCGAUGAUAUGUGUAAAUUGACUCAUUCCAAAUUUAGUUUAUCAAUGCAAUAUUACGAUUUUGUAAACAUUAAUAUUUAA